GGACAUUGCGUGAAACUGCUCGCCGAAGGGUUUAGCUCGCGGUGCCGGAGACGGAGUUUUGGGCUGUGACUGGCAGGGCAUGAAGCCUCCUCGGGUGUUCGGCCACGUCGACAGGCUGAGUCGUGCCCUUCAGCCGCCGCGUGUCAACAUCCGAGCGUGCCUCGCGGCUACGGGCAUCUCACCGACGCUUGAGGCCAACGAGCUCAUACAGAAAGCGCAGGUAGGCACAGAGCUCUGGUUUUGUGAGUGCCUACCGAGUGCAUUGGCUCGUGCGGCUUGUGUGUCAACCAGAAUGACAGCACGAGCGCAUCUUCACAGCAGCUGUUCCGCUUCAGUUUUGGCAAAAGCCCGUUCUCUGUGCCCCGAGGUCAGCAGGAGACGAGGCAGCCACGCAGCAGCACACGUCUGAUGUGUCAUGCUUCAUGGUGGGUGCAGUGCUUCAGGAGUCGCUGCGUCAGAACGUGCAUCAGAACAGCUACCUGCCGGUGAUGGGCCUGCCCAAGCUGCGAGAGGCCAUCGGUGCGGCGCACGGCCGCCCGAUGGAGGAUGUGAUCAUUGGGCCAGGCAGCAAGGUCAGCACCGUGUGUCACAAAGACAAAGAGUGUUGGUGGCACUGCCUUGUCGAUGUCUGCUGUGUGUUUCCUUCCCCAACAGGAGCUCCUUUUUCUGAGCCUGUUUGCCGUGUACCCUCCUGCGACGGUCUUCCUGCCGGUGCCCUCGUGGGUGAGCUACUUCCCCCAAGCCAUGAUGUCCGACCACCACGUGCACUGGGUCAAGACGCGACUGGUUGACCGUUUCGUCCCGUCGUCACACGCCCUUGACAUGGCCUUCAGCACAAGCAAGAUCGGCAAGGUUUUGAUCCUCAACUACCCAAACAACCCCACGUGAGCAAAUGAGAUGACGGCGGGGGCGACGCGUUACACUUGUGUGUGUCCGUUUGUGGACGUGCAGUGGGUGCAGCGCCUCCCCUGCUCAGCUGCAGGCCAUCGCUGCUGUGUGCCGGAAGCACAAGGUCCUGGUCAUCAGCGACGAGGUACGGUACGCCGACCGCCAUAUCAGUCGCAACAAGAGCAUCACAACACACAUAUGUUCUGUCUGGCUGCAUGUAGGUGUACGCCCACACGACACACUACUGCGGGUCGGCGACGUCGCUCUUCACCCACCGGCCCCCAUCCAUCGAGGAGUACUACCCAGAGGGCACCAUCGUCACCAGCAGCAUCAGCAAGGCAUUCGGCGCUGGCGGCUGGCGCCUCGGCUAUGCCUUCCUCCCAGAGGGCCUCUCGGCCGUCAAGAACGCCAUCUGCGCGGCUGCGUCCGAGACCUACUCGGCUGCGUCGGCGCCGAUCCAGCAUGCGAGUGUGAGCGCCUUUCUGCCGUCACGCGAGCUUGACCUGCUGGCCCUCCGGCAGCGGCAAAUUUUGCGUCUUACCUCCCGGAUGGUCAUGAAGACCCUCAAGGACGCGUGCCCCUCUGCGCUCGCGCCGCCCCCCGACGGUGCCUUCUACAUGUACAUUGACUUCUCGCUGAGCCCCCGCGCGAAGAGAGAGGGCAACGACAUGGCAUCUGCGGAGGUCUUCGCGCGAGUGCAGAAGGAGACGGGUGUGGUGCUGCUGCCGGGCAGUGUGUUCGGCGAGUACCCGAGCAACCCCUGGACGGCGAGACUCGCCUUCGUGGAUUUGGACGGCGAGAAGGCGCUGAGUAUGCUGGAGGGGCGGGAGGAGAACCUGGACAAGGAGAUCGAGGGGGGCAGGCUGGAUGAGCUGUGCGAGGGGGAGGGCGGGUGGGGGGUGCACAUGAGAGAGGGCGUGAGGCGGCUCGCUGAGUACAUGAAUUCGUGAUGACGAUGCUACAUACAUAGCAGCCAGACAGAAAUUCGUGAGGAUCUAUCUACCCAUGUAUCUGCUGUGUCCGUCCGGUGUGUAUGUAUAUGCGAGACAGACAGAAUUGGUGAGCCAGAGAGAAUGAGCGAGUGAGCGGGGGCGGGAGGUGAGCGAUGAGUGUGCACGUGCAUUUAAUGCAUUUAUGGUGCCUAUCCCUGCUUAGCUGAGUGUUCGUGCCUGCGUGUGCGAGUGUGUGUGUAUUCAUAUGUAUGUGUCGGGUCUGGCUUGCGCUCUCUGCGCGAGCCAGACUCGGCUGAUUGAUUUCGUGCCGCUGAGGGUGUACAAUAUGCUUCAUUCGUGCCUGUUGGAGAGUGCAUACAGGGAUGAGGGCGCCUGGGGGGACUCCCUGUCCAUUUGCGAUCGAUGUGUGUUGGGGUCGGGUCGACGCCUGACGAUGAUCUUUUUUGUGGCCUAUGUUUAGAGCCUUCUACAUAUACUUGUGCAGACACCGUGUGCAUAUCUGUAUAUCUAAUCAAUCUGUGAAGCC